AUGUAUCCCCCGCUACUUGAAUGGUCGUAUAUCGAUUACCAUGAUGGGUGGCAAAACCAGCCGAUGGAACUUGCCCCAUUCGACCCUAAUUAUCUUCGGUUUGAAGACACAAAUAACGGGACAUACGGUUCGCUGCCUCCUACCCAAGAGCCGUGUAAAUACCAAUACGGCUCUCUCCUUGAUGGGGAUCCUCAGCUUGACACUCGUUCUCUACCCCAACAAGCAGAGCCAACAGCUCAAGAACCUCACUAUGCCACCGCCGUGCCGUCCACCUCAGGCAACUCCCAUGCAUAUACCGCGGUUCAUAAUGCACAUAUCUACCCUCCUACCGCGCUUGAUAACAUGUCCAUGGGUUGCCGAACCGAUGCGAAUAAUAUUGAUUUCUCGGUGAACAACGUAGAUGAUAUCCCCUGGGAUCCUUCCUUAGACUCUUUUCUACUAAGCCUUCAUCCAUUCCACCCUAUUCCAACCUCCUCCAUGUCGGCUCGCCCCGAUACCCAGCUUCAAGUUGGCCCUUUGCUGACAACGCCGGCGCAGCCAUUUGUACCAUCGCCAGAAGGCCUUGUCGAGCACCCAAUCACGCCCUCGUAUACCCCGCUAUACCAUCCGAUCCCCCGCUCAUACUCGAAUAACUCAUUGACAUCGUUCUCAGAUGAGAUACCCCGCUUACCAAGUGCACACAUAUCACCGCCCGCUACAAGGGAACCCUCGCCUCCUCUUCAUGAUCCCAAAGGCUCGCCACGGAGCACUGCCGAUGUCUCCCCAGGGGACGAGCUGAGCUACGACGAUGCCGUGCGUCAAUUCAAAGCUACCAAACGCCAACGACGCAUUGCGAUCAAAUCAAAGGUCAUCGCAUCCUCCGGCGCAUCAAUACAAGUGGUAGACGGAUCGAGCGAGUUCGCACCUAUAUUCAGCGAGCACGACCAGAUGUGGUAUUGCAAUAUGUGCGGGAAAGGCAUCAAACGCCAUGGCGACGUUAUCCGACACUGGCGGUCGUAUAACUGCCCUGUUCGGAAAGCCGCAAAUAGAGGAGCACCCAAGAGGCUCGUGUGCCCAUUUCCCUCUUGCAAAUACUCGACUGGAAGGCGUGAUGGCCUUUCACGCCAUCUCAACGUUCACCGCCCUGGUGGGGAUUCAUAA